GAAUUGUUGAUUUUGUAAACAAAUGAAGUAAUUCAAAUAAUGGCGGUCGGUUCAGUUUUUUAAAACUAUUUCCAGUAAACAUUCUCAAAAUGGGAGUUAAAGACUUGUGGUCGAUUUUGUCGCCUGUCUGUGAGCGUAAGCCUUUAUGGGAACUGCAAGAUAAAUCAGUUGCUAUAGAUUUAAGUGGCUGGGUUUGUGACAGUCAGAAUUUGACACAGAGCAAUGUCCAACCAAGAAUGUAUUUAAGGAACCUGUUCUUCCGUACAAGCUGCCUGCUUCUCAUGGACGUGAUGCCAGUGUUUGUCUUGGAGGGAGAUGCCCCAGCAUUGAAGCACGACACAAUAUCACAGCGAAACCAGAAACAGUACGGCCGCAGUCUGUCCCAGAGGUCGCAAGGUCAGAGUGUUGGCAAGAAGGGCAGUAGGAAACGGUUAACGUCAAUCUUGAAACAGUGCAAGGAGAUUCUGGAAGCGAUGGGCGUGCCGUGCGUGCAGAGCCGAGGGGAGGCAGAGGCGCUGUGCGCGCGCCUCAACAUGGCGGGGGCGGUGGACGGCUGCAUCUCGCAGGACGGGGACUGCUUCCUGUACGGCGCGCGGACGGUGUACCGCAACUUCACCGUCAGCCACUCGGGGACGGGGGGCUCCAGCUCGCACAGCGUCGACCUGUACGACAUGGGGGCGGUCGAGGACCGCCUGUCGCUCGACCGCAGGAAGCUGGUCGCCCUGUCCGUCCUCUGCGGCUGCGACUACAACGGGAGGGGCGUCGCCGGCGUGGGCAAGGAGACCGCCUUGAAGUUCCUGGGCUCAGUUCGCGACGAAGAUGUUCUGGACAGGCUGCGGCGGUGGCGCUCCGACCCGCGCUACGACGAGCUGGAGGCCCAGCGAGAGCAGAUGUGUCGCAAGGACGCGUGCGAGCGGUGCGGCCACCCCGGCAGGAGGGCGGCCCACGACAAGUCUGGCUGCCGCGGCUGCAGCCUGCCUCGAGGCUGCGUCCAGGACUCGGAGGGACUGCGUGGGAUGGACCCCGAGAGCUGUAAGCUCACAUUGGAGGAGCUGAAGCUGCGUCGCAAAGCACUGCAAGAUCCCCUGUUCCCGUACCAGCAGCUCAUAGACGAGUUCCUGGCCAGCGACGAAGAGCUGCCGAGACUGGAUUGGGUGUGGGGGAAGCCGAACAUCGAGAAGUUUAUUGGCUUCGCGGGGAGGAUGCUGGCGUGGGCGGAGGACUACGCCGCGGGGAAGAUCCUGCCACUGGCCGCCAGGUGGCACCUGAGGCACGGGGCCGCCGGCGAGCUGCGCCCUCUGGCAGUGAGGCGGGCGUGCGUGCGGAGGGGCGUGCCCUGCCUGGAGGUGGAGUGGCACGCCCCCGGGAGCUGGCCGGGCCCGCCCCCGGCGACGGUGGAGCCCGCCGGCCUCGUGGAGGCAGCGUGCCCGCACCUGGUCCGGGCGUUCCUCCGCGACAAGGAGGCCAAGAGGCGGAAGCCUAAGAGAGCCACGAAGAAGACGGCGGCGAUCGCGAGCGUGCCCCACGAGUGCACGGCUGGAGGCAAGGGCGAGUGUCGAGGCCAUCUGUGCACGUUCCUGCAGCGGCAAGACAGGGGCGCCGGGGUCGAGUCCUUGGGGCGCCAUCUCGCCGCCCUCGCCAUCGACGACGAGAAGGAGAACGCGGUGCCGGGACACGGGGCGAACAAACCCCGCGCUCAGCCUGCGAAGCGCGGAGAACCCAAGGUUAAGUUGAAAGACUUGCUGAUGAAGAUCGGUCAAGGGUCAGGAAAAGACGGAACGGAAAAAUCGUGCUUCGUCGCUGAAAAGGAAUUGCAGUUGCCAGACAAGAAAAGCCACGGAGGGUACAGUCCUGACCUGAGCUCGGGGAUGAUGAGCGACAGUUUGAACAUCUCUGGCUGCAGCAAGUGUGAAGACGACUGUAGCAUGGACCUCUCGUCGAUCAUACACGGCAUCGUGGGCAGGGGGAACACCUUAUCGCCACUCGGAGACGGGCAGUCUUUCCCUCGGACCCCUGCAUUCGGGUCAUCUGCAUCUGAUCCAUCGCUGCACGGCUCAGAAUGCACGCACUCCACUCCGAAAUGCUUUGUCGAUGUGAAUUUCAGUUUGGGAACGAGUCGUUUCCUUGCAGCAGCUGAUGAGUCUCACCUUUCGUUGUGAAAUUAUACUAAGUCUAUACUUGUGGUAGGAUAUUUUAGUGAACAAGUUUAAUAGUGAUACAUAUUUAAAAUUCAGAUAACAAAGUUUACAAUGUAUGUUAUAAAAUUGUACAAGGUCAAAACUCAAGUUUGUGUUGGGAUAUUUUAAUAAACAGUUCGAUCAAUGUGGAUUUUUUUAUUAUUAUUAUUUUAUUUUAUGAUACUAUAGUGUCAAAACUCAACUUUGUGUUGGGAUAUUCUAGAAAUAAGUUCAAUCAAUGUGAUUUUUAAAUUUCAGCUAACUUUAUUUAUAAUGUUAAUGUAAAAAUUUUUAAUUUGUCUGUGUGUGUGUGUGUGUAUAAACAUUUAAUAAACAUAUAUUGUAUUUUAUUAUUAGAUGUUUUGAUAUGAAACUUAACUUUUUAUUAAUUAAUCCAAAGAUUCUGUUGAACGAAAUUGGUAUUGAAAUUUUAGAUAGUAGGUAGCUCUUUUAUAAAAUUUAGAUUUUAUGUAUUAGUAUCAUUGCAGUGGAUAUUAAAAAAAAAUGUCUUAAUGUUAAUGUAUGGUUUUAUUUAGUGUGUGUGUGUGUAGACACAUUAGUUCGAUAAAAUGUAGCAGUUGAAAAGGAAGCUGAUUGGACUACUGAUUGAUAAUAAAUAUUAAAUAUUGCAUUUGCUAGGCUGUAAUCAGCCAAGAUAGUGUGUACUGCAGAGGAUCAACUUGAAACAUUUCGGCAACAAAUGAAUUUAAGUAAACACAUAUAAAUGCUUUUAACUGGACAAUGUUAUAAUGUUAGCCAAGUGUUUCACGUUUGUCUUCUGAUGUUUUAAAAAAUAAUGCAUAAUACUAUAUGGGUGCGUGUAAUGUAUUAAGCCGGGUACUGGGAAAAUGAUGUAUGGAGAGAGUAAUUUUAACAGCCAAAAGCUAUCUCUUUUGCUUAUUUACUAUCCUAUCUUAACAACUGCAAAGAAAAACAUAGUAUUGAUAUGUACUUAAGGGGCCCGCCUCGUCCGUGGUGUAUCUGUGUCAGUGAGGCGGGAUGAUAAGUGUGACGCUCGCUGGUGCUUCUAGCGCAGUGUCUCCUCUGGACUCGGGCGCAGUCUUCUCGUCGUGCAUAGGAUAAUUAUGAGAUUUGAUUACAUCGCUGAGUAAUGAAGGUAAAGAUGUUAUGCAAGUUUGAGUGCUUUCGAAAAAAUCUCAUGGAUGUUUCAUGCCUAAAACUUAUUCUGUAAACGUGGGUUCUAGCAAUUUCCACACUUCUAAAAAUAUGUUUGGAAAAA